CUUUGUGAUGGGGGUUCCCUGCCCCAGAUUGCAGGGGUAAAACAAUAAAUAGAACCUAUCACUUUAAAAUUUCAAUCUCUGGAACAGCAGAGAUCAUAAACUGUUAGAUAGUUAGUGAAGGGAUAUAGCACUGUAUUAACCUGGGCUAUCUCAGAACAGUUUACAGCUCGUAGAUAUUUAUUACAAAUAAUUCUGUCUACAUAGAUAGGUCUUUUAUAAGCACUUAAUAUUGUUUACCAAAGAAAUGGUGAUGGAGAAGCCAAGUCCCCUGCUUGUAGGGCGGGAGUUUGUGAGGCAGUAUUACACACUCUUAAACAAGGCACCCGAUUUCCUGCACAGGUUCUAUGGGAGGAAUUCUUCUUAUGUUCAUGGAGGACUUGACCCAAGUGGGAAGCUGGCAGAAGCGGUGUACGGGCAAGCGGAAAUCCACAAGAAGGUCAUGUCCCUCCAGUUCAGUGAGUGCCACACAAAGAUCAGGCAUGUGGAUGCCCAUGCCACACUGAGUGAUGGGGUGGUGGUGCAAGUCCUCGGAGAACUGUCCAACAAUGGUCAGCCCAUGAGGAAGUUUAUGCAAACUUUUGUGCUUGCACCAGAGGGUUCAGUAGCAAACAAGUUCUACGUCCACAACGACAUCUUCCGUUAUGAGGAUGAGGUUUUUGGAGACUCUGAAGCUGAGCUUGAUGACGAAUCAGAGGAGGAAGUUGAAGAGGAGCCAGAGGAGAGGCAGCCAUCCCCUGAGCCACUUCAAGAAAGCCCUAACAGCACCACCUAUUACGAACCUCACCCUGUCACUAAUGGAGUAGAGGAGCCCAUGGAGGAGCCGGCUCCAGAACCCGAGCCAGAGCCUGAACCAGAGUCCAAAGUAGAGGAGGUAAAGCCUGAAGUAGAUGAGAAGGUUCUGGAAGAGAUGGAGGAGAAAGCCCCAUCACCGGUCCCUGUGGAGUCCCCACCAAACACCCAGGAGCCUCCCAAGACUUUCUCGUGGGCCUCGGUGACAAGUAAAAACCUGCCUCCUAGUGGCACAGCCGCCUCCUCUGGAAUCUCACCUCAUGUUGUUAAAGCUACGAGCUCACAGAACAGAGUUGAAGCCAAGACAGAGACGCAGGCUGCCCCUCUACGAACCAGAGACCAGCGCACACGCGACAGACCGGCCUUCACUCCUCGGGGUCCCAGGCCUGAUGGUGUUGCAUCUUUGGAGUCACAAAUGGGAAAACCACACUUGAGUUUUGUUAACAAAGGGGGCCGGGGAGAUACUGAAUCUGGUGACAUUGACAGCAGGCGGAUUGUCCGGUACCCAGACAGUCACCAGCUUUUUGUUGGCAACCUCCCACAUGAUAUAGACGAGAGCGAGCUCAAAGAGUUCUUCAUGACAUAUGGAAAUGUUGUGGAGCUGCGGAUCAACACCAAGGGCGUUGGUGGGAAGCUGCCCAACUUUGGAUUUGUGGUCUUUGAUGACUCUGAACCUGUGCAAAGAAUCCUUGGGGCCAAGGUACAAGGGCCCAUCAUGUUUCGAGGCGAGGUGCGUCUGAAUGUGGAAGAAAAGAAGACUAGGGCGGUGCGUGAACGAGAGACCCGCGGCGGAGGAGACGACCGUCGGGACAUGAGGCGCAACGACCGGGGCCCUGGAGGUUCCAGAGGCAUCGUGGGAAGUGGAAUGAUGCGAGAACGGGACGGCAGGGGACCACCACCGCGAGGCGGCAUGGCCCCGAAACCUGGCAUGGGAUCCGGAAGAGGCUCUGGUGGCCAGGGAGAGGGUCGCUUCACAACCCAGCGCCGCUGAGAAGAGCACCACAUGCAGUGUGGAAGUAGUACCGCGUUCUUCAUCUUCAACCGUUCUCGUUAACGAAAAGAAAUCUUCAUGUAUAAACGCAUAAAUUUGUUUUGUUUUAUUUUAAUUUUUGUUUGUUCCCUCUUUGCUUUGGAAUGUGACACAGCCUGUCAACCUUUGUUUGUGAAAUAGACAAAACAAAAUAAGCAAACAAAAUAUUCACUUAUUAGUUGUGAGCUGAGCAUCCUUUUCAGGUAUCUCAAGAAUUCACAAACUUUAAUUUGUAAAUUUGUGAAAAAAGGCGAACCAACCAGGAGUAAUCUGCCACAUUAGGAGGGACUGAUGGGACUUUUAACUACGAUAAUACAGCCCAUCAUUUGGAAAAGAGAUUAUAUGCCUUGACUUAACUGGGGCGCUGCUUCACAAAAUCCCUCUAUUGCACAUUUUAUAUGGUAGUAUUCUGCCUGUUGCUGUUGGAAAAGAGUGAGAAGCAAAAUUUGUGCAGUUCCAGGGGAAAAGCUUGCCUUUUACUUUUUUCCUUUUGAGAGACCACUGCUUCAAAAUUGCAUAAUGCGCUCAUCAAUAUGCACUAAUGGGUACUUUUUGUCGUAUUACGUUGACAUCCAUGCUCGGAAUGCAGCUGGAGAGACCUGUUUUGUCUCAAAGCGAUACGACUUUUCGGGGCAGGCCUCGCUCACAGCCUGUCUGCUGUGACAAUGUACUUUUCACACUUUUGACCCGAAACUACGCUUCAAUUACUGGCUGGAUGGACAAGAUGACAAGCAAAUCUGCAUUAUAUUUUUCCUCAUUUAUAAAUUGAAUAAAAAUAUAAAAAAGCUCUAAUCCUGGACUUUCACCAAAUGAGUGGGGGGACAAAGGAUACACAAGAAACGAAGUU